AUGGCGUUGAAUGACCUUCGUAAAGACGACACUCCGGGCCUUCAUGUGGAAACGCUGGAUCAUCCACUGAAAUCAGACACAUCCCGGGAUGUACCCAUCGAGAACAGGGACCUGAAAGAGCGACGACUUGUGCGGAGGAUUGACAUUCGGAUGAUGCCCUUGAUGAUGCUACUCUAUAAGUUCAUCCAGACUCCUCAAAGCGGAGCCCUCACUGACAUGAUUGUUGAGAAGAACAUAAAUCACACUGACGGUGAUCAGAUCGCGACAGCCCGUCUGGGAAACUUUGAAAAGGACAUCGAUCUGGUUGGAACCCAGUACAACACCAUUAUCAGUGUCUUUUUCGUUGGAUACAUCCUCACCCAGGUUCCCACAAACAUGAUUCUCAACAAGAUGAGACCCAGCAUCUUCCUUCCAGUCGUCAUGUGCUGUUGGGCUGUUGUCAGUGCCUCCACUGGCGCUGUUCAGAACUACAGGGGAGCUGUAGUUCUCCGGUUUCUCCUGGGCUUUGUCGAGGCACCCUUCUUCCCUGGCGCCUUGUACCUUUUCAGUUCGUGGUACACGAAGAAGGAGCUGGCUGUCCGUAUCUCGGUACUAUAUGCUGCAGGACAAAUGGCAGGUGCUUUCGGUGGCCUUCUGGGCAGCGCCAUCAUGGGAGGCAUGGAUGGAAAGCUAGGCCUCGCAGAUUGGAGAUGGCUUUUCAUCAUCGAGGGAAUGAUCCCAAUUCCGGUCGCCAUCGUGACGUAUCUCACACUUCCAGAUUAUCCAGCCACUACCAAAUGGCUAACCGACGAGGAGAGAAAGCUUUCUAUCCUUCGAAUCACCGAAGAAGCAGUCGAAGAAGAUAACCGAGAAGAAGCAUCAGCGUUGCAGGGUCUGAAGAUGACAUUUACGGAUCCAGCACUCUACAUGAUCUGGCUCAUGCAACUUGGACUCAACACUGCUGCCGCUUUUACCAACUUCUUCCCCACCAUUGUAGCGACACUCGGGUACAACCAAAGAAACACAUUGCUUCUCUCUGCUCCACCAUAUGUGUUCGCAGCGAUAUUGGGCAUUACAAACUCUUGGCACAGCGACAAGCAUCGUGAGAGAUGGCUGCACAUCGUGUGGCCGCAGGUCUUUUGCAGCGUCGGCUUCAUCAUCUCGGCAACUACUCUCAACGUUGCAGCCCGAUAUACCGCGACGUUCAUGAUGAUGAGCGUGUAUGGCUCAUUUGGAUGUAUCUUGUCAUGGGUCUCGACAACACUUCCUCGGCCGGCGACUAAACGAGCUGUAUCAUACGCUGUCGUGAACGCCGGAUCUAACCUGGCUUCCAUUUAUGCAAGCUACUUUUACCCAAAGUCCCAUGGCCCACAGUACUGGCAAGCAAACAUCAUUAAUGUGGCCUUCUCUGGAAUGUGCAUUCUUCUGGCCACUUCGCUGCACUUCUACCUUCGUUGGCGUAACCGUAAGCUCCGCGUUGCCGGAGAUGAGGAUCUUCAGAGUGAAGGCACACGCUUGGGAUCACGGUCGACGAGUUUGGGUGAAAAAUGGCAGUGCCACCCUGCCUAUCAGUAUACAUUGUAGGUGAAGCUCAAGAUCCCGGAGGAGUCCCGAAGAUCACUCAUCGGAAACACGAACCUCACCACCAACUCAGCCAUGGAGUGGAGC